AUCUAAUUGAAAAAGCGACAAGGUACAUUCUUCAAGUCACCUCAUCGUUUACAUCAUUUCGGGCACCCGGUCGACCGGUAGGUUGUGGGCGGGUGCAUGCACAAUGCGAAGAACAAAAUCGAGUGAAUGGCCAGCAUUUCAGCGCUAGUGGCGCCUUCUGGUACGUGUUUUUGACAGUCUCGGUGCAGUGGGGCGGCGCCGCCCCGACAUGCUAGCCUAACUCAAGCAGACCAAAGCGCCACUAUCAAGUUCACGAUCUAGUGGAGAGAAAGACAUAAAGGAGCGGGGCCCAUCGUGCCAGCGUCGCCAGAAAGACCAUCCGGAAGUGCACUCACCGAACAUCACCGAGUACAAUGUCCGCCUUCAAGGUCUCCAUCGUGUUCGCGAUGGUCGCGACGAUGUAUGCCGCCCUAAAGCCACCCCAUGUGGUGCCCAAGACUGCCGACCGCCCCAAGGUGACAUGGAUAGAGACGUGGUCCCACAACCUGCUGUACUUCCUCGUGCAGUGGAUAUGGAUCCUCCCUGCGUUACUCGACCUGUCGGCGGAGUGCACGACGCUGAACAUGCUUGCCCCGCCAAGCUUAUCAGCAUCCUGCGAGAUAGCGCCGUACAUUCCUCAUACCCGGACUGAAUACCUGCUAGCUGGCAUGGGAGUCGUGCUGGCCGGCGUCUCCAUUCGAAAGUGGUGCUACAGGACGAUGGGUUGUAUGUUCACAUUCGAGUUUGCGAUUCAAAGGGACCACACGCUCAUCACGGAUGGUCCGUACGCCUGGGUGCGUCACCCCUCGUACACGGGAGGCAUUGUUCUCCUAGCGGGAUGCUGUAUAGCGUAUGGUCCGUGGGCGUGGACGGUGGAGAAGACCGGUCGUCUGGUAUGGAUUUCGAUCGGCCUAAGCACGCUGUGGAUCGUCUUCUCGCUGUUGGCUGUCGGAGUAAUGAUUAGUCGGUGCAGGGUGGAGGACGAAGGUCUGAGGAAGAAAUUUGGUGUGCAGUGGGACAGGCAAACCAGUGGGAGACUCGGAAACCCUCCCGGAGGCAGGAUAACGUUAUCGUCAUCGACGGAAGUUGCUAGGCCAGUAGACCGGCGGCGAGCGUCUAUUCUAGCUACAGCCUCAUCCAUGACCAUGGUGGUCGACUCGGCCGCCAUGGACUGCGACGCGACGAUGAGCUGCGUCGACACCGCUGAGCCGUUCAAGUUCGUCACGCCAUCCAAGUCUAAGCGCCCUCGCUCGCCUGCCAGCGCGUCACCCUCCUCGAACUCGUUCGGCCGCCCACACGUCCGCCAGAAGACGUCCACCAUCCUCGCGCGCUUCUCCACUAUCGCGCUCUCCGACGACCUCAGCGACGCGGACCACGCGGCGCUCGACAAGGACGUGCUCCAGCUCCAGCUAUCUCUCCCACUCGACCUCGAGGGCGCCGCCACUCUCCUCACCUGGAUCGUGCACUACUCCGCAGGGAAGCUUGACCACAGAUACGUGUACCUCCCGCUUGCGAGGGACCUGGUGAGCGCGAACCACGACCUGAAAGAGGCGCUGGAAACUGCAUGGGCAACCAAGUCCUUCAAAACCAUUCGGAAUCUUCCCAUGCUAAGGUCCUCAGACGCGCCUAUCCGCCCUUCAUGAGACGCAUAUACAUACUCCAACACCGUUUAUUCCCCCGCGAGCAUACUCGAAGCAUACUCAAUAAUCCGCAAUACCACAGGUCGACAUGAUGCGACCAGACUGUCUAUACCGUAUCACCAGAGCCGUUUACCCGUAUAUCCUGUUCGACUGAAGUUUCUGUUCUUCUUUUUAGACCCCCCUGCGUCUCUGACGUACUUUGGUAUCUUCAUGCUUUUUGUACGCGUUCUGACACGCUGUCCUCAGCAAUGUCAAAUUGUUAAUGGC